CCCCGUCCCCCGCUUUCUGCACAUGAGUGUGUCCAGUACAUAGCUACAGCUGGGUAUUCAUGAGUUCUACUGUCUCACACCAGCGAGACAAACGUUCACUCGACUAUGCUAUUCGAUCUGGAAUUGCUGGCGGAUUGGCAGGAUGUAUUGCAAAGACAGCAGUCGCCCCCCUUGAUAGAGUCAAGAUCCUCUUCCAAGCCUCAAACCCUGAUUUUCAGAAGUAUGCCGGAACUUGGAGUGGAGCAUAUCGAGCUGGACUCGCGAUAUACAGAGAUGGAGGCGCCAGAGGAUUGCUUCAAGGUCACUCUGCAACUCUUCUCCGCAUAUUUCCGUACGCAGCCAUAAAGUUUAUGGCCUAUGACCAAUGGAGAGCGCUUUUGAUACCGACGAGGGAACUAGAAACGAAUUCCCGACAGUUUGCUGCUGGCGCCCUUGCAGGCAUAACCUCCGUGACUUUUACCUAUCCGCUCGAGUUGGUCCGCGUACGCAUGGCGUUCCAUAGUCGUUUGUCCAGCCAGUCUACCGGCCAAAUGCGGCCCUCAUUCCUCCGAGCUAUGCGCGUUAUAUACAACGAGGGCUCUACGCCUUCCUCUGCAACGCGGUCCACAACGGCUCAAAUCUUUGAGCGCUUCCCCAUUCUCAAGUUUUACCGUGGCUUCACCGUGACCAUGGUCGGCAUGGUUCCUUAUGCUGGUACCGCAUUCCUCACUUGGGAUUUCUUGCGCGCGCACUUCUACCCAGCGAUUGAUGACCAUUCCAAGCGACCUCACCCCGUGGCAAAUCUUGCCAUUGGUGCCGUUUCCGGUGCAAUUUCGCAGACUGCAUCAUACCCCUUUGAGGUCGUUCGUCGGCGUAUGCAAGUCGGAGGUUUGACUAGACCAGAUAGGUGGCUACGGUGGGGGGAGACUGUGUGUGCUGUGUACGCAAGUGGAGGGUGGAGAGGUUUCUACGUUGGAUUAGGAAUAGGUUACUUGAAGAUCAUACCCAUGACUGCCAUCAGUUUCGCCGUUUGGCAAGCAGGCAAAAAUUUGCUGGGUGCUUAGAAAUUAUAACCCGUGAUUAUAAGCCUUAUUUUAUCACUAUAACCUUCGAGCUUGUUUUGAGCG